AUGUCGCUCGUUAAAUCAAUAACAUCGGCGAAACUGUCGAACAAAUUGAUUAAAGUGAUAUUAUUCACGUUAGUGUUUAUAAAUUUGAUAUAUUUCACUUCAGUCAUUCAUAACAAUAACAAAGAAAGAAUUUCUCUGAUUACUUCGAAGUUGACCUCUUCUACUAGUGGCAACAACAAUAAACAACAAGAACAACAUUUAACAGAUGCUGAUAAUGACAAGCUACUGUCUUCUUCAAACCAACAACAGCAAGAUGCACACGAAACUGUUCUUGAAGAGCAAGAAAAGGAACAGCAGACACAACAACAACAAUCACUUUCAGAUGACGAUAUCCAGUUCAAAAAAUUAGUCGAUGCUAAAUUGAAUUCAGUCAAAAAGAAUCAAGGCAAAUAUUAUAUGACCAAUACCGAUUUGCUGGAAACUAAAAUCAAAGUCCCAAUCAAACAAUUUUUGAAAAAAUACGAAAGUGCAGAAUCAUGGAUUAAUAAAAAUGAAUUAUAUUACGAUCCAAGAUUCACAUUAUCAAUAUACUUGAAUGAAUUGUAUAUGCAAUAUCAAGAAAUGAGUGAUGAACAAUUAAUUGAUGGUAAUGAUAAUCAACAUUUAAUUGGUGGGAAAAUCAAUUCCAAUGAAUUACCGGACAUUAGUUUACCAUUUAAUUGGGUUGAUUGGAUUGAUUUGACUAUGCUAAACAAAGAAUUCUCAAAACCAAUGUAUCAAAGACUUAAAUGUCAAGAUAUUCAAGCAAAUAGUCAUUCAAAUCCAGAUACAUCUUAUUUCUGUACUGAUAAUGAAGAUAUUAGUGAAGAAACUUUCCAAGAGUUUUUCAAAAUGGGAUAUAAAUACAAGACCCAAUUCCCAGGGUUUAUAAUCAAUGAUCAUGAAAGACAUGAACAUUAUUGUGAUAAUGAUUAUCGUGUAAUGCAAGCCAAAGCAUAUACCAUGACACAUUUAUUGAACCCACUAAAAGUUAUCAUUUUAGGUGCUGAUAAAAAGGAUGGUAAUGGUGGUACAUUUGAAUUUAGUGUUGAUAAUUCAAAGACUCGUUUAACAAGCAGUAAAUUAAUUGAUAGAUAUAUGGAAUCACACGGUUAUUACACUCGUAAACAAGAUUCAAAUAUUGAUACUGUUCGUAAUGGGAAACGAUUCUUUUUCGAUUCUUCAGAAGAUCAAAAUGAAGUUCCUGAUAUUAUUGAAAUGGAUUAUUUAUCAACUUGGAAUCAAUUAAAUGAAAAAGUUGUUCCUAAAUAUUUAUCACCCAAUGAAACUGGAUACACCAAUUUCUUGCAUAUGAGAGAUAAAAAUAGUAUAGUUUUAAAAGAAUCAAAAUUUAUGGAACCACCUUCAAUUGCAUCCCAAAUUGAACAAUAUACUGGGAAACCAGAAAAUGAAUUGUCUCCACAAGAAAAAUUGUAUUUAGAAGGAUUACAAGAAUGUUCUAAAUAUACUGAUGAAAAUGAAGUUAGAUAUUUCCGUAUGGCAGUAAUUAACCCUGGUGACCCAAGAAACCGUGAAAAUGAAUGGGGGUGGCAUUAUGAUUGGCGAUUCUUUAAUGGUGCUUUAAAUUAUGAAAAACCUGAUUGGAAUCAACAAGAAUUGACUCAUCGUACAAAUAUCAUUUUAGAUAGAUUAUUACGUAAUUGGUCCAAAUUUGCUAUGGAAAAGGGGAUCAUUACCUGGAUUAUGCAUGGUCCAUUAUUGUCUUGGUAUUGGAAUGGGUUAUUGUUCCCAUAUGAUAAUGAUAUUGAUAUCCAAAUGCCUAUUGAUGAAUUAGUUAAUUUGGCUAAAAACUAUAAUCAAACAUUAAUAGUUGAAAAUCCAAGUGAAGGAUACGGGAAAUAUUUAAUUGAAGUCAACACUUAUUUCCAUAAUCGUGGAAUUUCAGCUGAACAAAACCAUAUUGAUGCAAGAUUCCAUGAUGUUGAUUCAGGGAUUUAUAUUGAUAUAACUGCAUUGAGUAGCUCUAAUGCAGAAGUCCCUAAAGAAUACAAGCAAGAAAAAACCAUUCAAUUGAUUGAUGACUUAACCAAAACAAAUUCAAAUAAGGAAGGUGCUGGCAACAAUGGGAAACAAGUGAACUCCGAAAACCAAUUGAUUUUCAAUGAUAGACGUAAACAUUUCUAUAAAAUAGACCAAAUUUCUCCCUUGAAAUUCUCCAUGAUGCAAGGAAUCCCAGUAAUGGUACCUAAUGGAAUCACCAAUCGUUUACAAUUUGAAUAUUCCAAAGGGUUAAAAUCUUUAGAAUUUGACAAUUGGUUUUACAUUAAACAACUCAAUCUUUGGGUUCAAAAAGAUAAUAUAAUACCCAUUUUAGAAGAUCAAACUAGAACUUCCAACGAAGAUAUUUUGAAACAAAUUCAACCGCCAUCAUCAUUAUCUAAUGAUCAAAUUUUGAAAUUAUUAAAUAAUGAAGAAAUAUUACAAGAAUAUUAUUUGACGAGAUCGUUGACAAGAUUCCAUGAUUUUGAAAAACAAGUUUUGUUUGAUGAUAAUGGGAAUGAUAAACCAUUAGAUCUAGUAAAGUACAAGACUUAUAAAAAAGGUUUAAAAAUGGUUAAACCUUUAAGAAAAGCAUUAUAUGAAUAUGAAAAUAUAGAAAGAAUAAAGCAUCAUCACUAA